GUUCAUCAUGGAGAUCACUUGGGCACAAUGUCUGAAUCAUCAGAAAGAGAAUCUAAUUAGCAACAAUAUAAACAAUACUUAACGUAAAUAUAAACAAUACUUAAAGUAAAUAUAAACAAUACUUAAAGUAAAUAUAAACAAUACUUAGAGUAAAAAAAUCCUAGUAAUAAGCAUACGGUGUAGACUUCCACGGUAUAAGUUAACUUUCUCGUUAACUAUGUCACUGACAUAUAUCUUUUUUGUGCAAGUUCCAAAAAUAAAACAUCAAUAGGUUACUAGAAUUUCAUGUUGGAUAAGCAAAUAUUUACUGUCCACGAUCUGCUCCCAAACAUAGUCAAGGAGAGUGCAGACAGUUUCUGAUCUUGCUGAGUAUUAAAGAAAGAAGUUCUAUAAACUUGACUGGAAAUUGGAUACCUCCUGAUUCAUGUACGUUUAGAUUAGUGUGUGAUUUAAAGUGGUUGAAAUGGCAGCAACUAACAUAACAGACACCCCAACGCUGUCGUCUGCAGCAGAACCAGGCCUACAGACGGCUCUGACAGUCUUCUCUGCAGUCGGGCUGGUAGGCUGUAUCGUUUGCUUGGCCAGCAAGCUGCUGCUGAAAUUCAUCAUUCCUAUCGCCUGGAAAUGUUGUCUGAUAUGCCAGGAUGUGGCAUUUAUGUCAUUGAGUUUGGGACUUCUGUUGACGUCGUGCUACAUUGGAGGUGCUAGUCAGGCUACCUGUCGGACUGGGGGGUUUUUUAUUGUGUUUGGCGUCCUUGACCUCGCGUCAUCCUUGAGCUUUAUGGGUAUAACAAUUCUUCUGAUCCAGAAUCCUUCUAAGAUGUCUCACCUAUCAACCUUUAGAUGGGGAGUCUAUCUGGCCAUGGUACUCCCUCAGAAAGUGGUGAUUCUGAUUCUGUCUGCCCUGCCUGUUCUACCCAUUGACUACUUCGACCAGUCAACGCCCUAUCCACUUGCAUGUUUCCCAGUGCGGCAGGAAGGCGGCAAGGGAGCAACGUUCGGCGCCAUCUUAUUUUUCAUCAUGUGGGUCAUACUGGCCACCUCCUUCAUCCUGUGUGUCGUAGUAGCGGUUCGUUUCUGGGCCGGGCCUGGCACCAGAGUCCACGCUUCAUCGCCAAGUCUCUGGCAGCUGCAGAAGCUGGAGCAGGGGCGUACGUUACACAAGUUUACAUUGGUGGAGUUGGCCAUGGUCGUUUUGUUGGUCUUCUUGCUGACCGUGGUGGUCUACAGCAACAAGGGGCUGGUCAGCACACCGCAGUGGGUGGCCCUUUUGACCGUCCUCUUUCUGGUCAUCGUGCACGUCAUCAUGUCCAUUGUGCAGCUGACCAUGUGGAGUAGCCUGUGCUGCGACCAAACAGGACAGAAGAAAGAACCUCAUCAUAGACUGAAGCAACUGGAGCUGAUUAAAACAGAGGGCCCAGGUAGAGUGAGAUUAAAAGCAAGCUGGGCUGCAGGAAAAGGGGUCUGGAAGCAGGGCCUCCUCAAAGUUUACGGCCCUGAGCAUAUCAAGGCUUGGGCCCAGGAAAUUGUGGUGCUCGGUCUUCUGAGGAAGUCUCACAGUGCCAGUGUCCUUCAGUGUCUGUGGACCAGCAACUCUAACCCUUACUAUGAGACCAUGACCCUCAUUAGUGGCAACAUAGUGGCCAGUGACUCCAGAUUAACCUGCCUGGAGCUAACGUCAAGUGGAACUCUUCAGGAUUUGUUAAAAAAGAUGGAGUCACCGCUCCCCGAUCAGUGCCAAAGAACAAUCAUGCAUGACAUAGCUGAAGGAUUGUCCUAUUUACACGGACAGAACGUCUUACACAGAAACUUGACGUCAGCGGCUGUCUAUCUGAAAGGUUCCGUGCAGCAGUGUCUUGUCAUGAGGGCCGCUGUGGGAGAUUUUGAAGACGCUCAGAUUUACGGAACUUUCCUGACUGGAUCAUCCAACAACAGCACAGUCAGCAGGAAACGCUUCUUGUAUCCCGACAUCAGAGCUUACGCCUUGGUGGGCAUAGAAAUGCUAGCGAGAGUCUGUGAGUGCAAACAGAAAUAUAAAAAGCCGAACCAAUCCAGAAACCCAGCAUGGGCUUCACCAUCCAUCAACAAAUCUUUCGGACGCCCAUAUCCUGAUGCAGCUUCCCAUUCUCGUGGUUUUCAGGAUUCCCUCUUGGUGGCUAACAGCUCUGCUCACAAAUCAAAAUCACAGUUACGUCAUAUCCAGGCUAAUGAAAAAUUGUCACCCGGCCAUUUCGUGGCAAAACAAAGUUCUGAUACUUUCAAGUACGAUUCACAGAAAAGUAAAGAAAGCGCUUCUCUGCAUAUCGAGGUGGCUGAAGACUCUUCGAGAGGGUUUAGUAUCGAUCAAAACUGGAAACUUCAAGCUCGAUCUAAUGACCUGGAUAUGAGCUCUGAUUGGAGAGAACAAGAAAUGUUUAACCAAUCACCAUCAGCUGGGGAUAGCACGCAACAAGGGGAAGUAGAUCAAAGAGCUCCUGGGAUAACGCUGGUAAAAGAGGCUGACAAAAGUUCCGUGUUCCAUCACCACAGUGAUGUGACCAACGAUGCUGAGGUCAUCGAAGAGGAUCGCUUUGGCCACGGUCAGCAUUACGUGCGUAGAAACGGUCCGUAUAACCAAGCUGGCUACAUCACUUCGAAAACAGACGACGGAAGAGAAAUAUUUAUUCCGGCAAAGUUCAGAACCAAGAAAUCUAGCGCUGCGUCAAGCUCCGGCUACGGCAGUGGUGGCGGUAGUACAUCUAUCUCUACCUUAGAGAAGCCAAACUUUCAAGGGGUGAAACAAGUGUACAGGUCAGGCGGACUGGCUCAGCCCCAGGAAACAGAAGUGCUUGAUGCUCUGCCAGGCAUGACUGAAAGCUCCAGGCGCGGUGAUGCUCUCUUAGACGAACUGUUCAAAGCUAAAAAAGACGCAGAAAUACAGCUGCUCUUGGAAAGUUAUGAUGAGCGCGUCAGACGAGGAGAGCUUGGCGCCAACAUUUCCGAAGUGCCUUACGGAAUCGUCUUUAAGAAGCCGAACACUGUAACAUUGCCGGAACUUCCUAACUACUUGGAGCAUUCACGUCUACAAGAAAAACAAGCUCAGGAAAUCAGCGUGUCUUCUCUUAGACCAGCAUCGGCUUCUACAGCACUAGCAAAUCAAGCGGAUACAGAGAGGCCGUCGAGUGCUGGGAAGGUAUCGUCAACGGUCUGGAACCCUAGGUCUUCAAUAAAACGAACAAAAGCUAGAACAGCUCUCAAAAAAGCUUUGAACAAUAAGGAGGUCACAUCUAUAUCGCACCUGCAGACAGUCGCUACAGUUCGUGGUGCACGAGCCAAAGAUAUUGAGAUGAAAUAUGCUAAGCUAGAAGAAACACAACAAACAGUCACAUCAAAACUCAACAUUAAGCACGAAACAAAAACUCCUUUAUUUAAUAACUCACAGGCAACGAUGCCACCAAAUAAAAACAAAGACAUCAUUCCAACACAAGCCAAAGUUGAUCUUAGCAUUAACACCUCCCAGAUUCCAGCGACAUCGACGCAGUCUGCGCAUGGAAGAAAGUCUGUCUCUAAGAAACGUUCAACAAAGUCACGUCCAGCGCCUGAGCCUCCCGUUAAACACCCGACACAGCCUCCGCAACCACAUCUGGACAGUGUAAUUACUACAUCCUCCAACGUUGAAAGAAUGUCUAGUUUCAACAGCUACGACAUGUCCCCUAUAAACAAUGACCAAUCGUCUACCUCAGGGGAUGCAGGCUCAACAGAAACAGAGUCGUCUGUACAGGGUGGUGUUUACGUACGAGAACAGACCAGCGUGGAGAAAAUCGAAUCGGACAUGAAUGACAUUAUCAACAGCAGCACGCUGGAUAUAUCAUCCAAGAAACUACCACCGGGAGCCAAACUCAUAGACAGCGGAUUCGACAGCGCCUCAGUGUCGAGUGAAGAGUCGUGUCUAUGUGCGGCUGCUGCAUUGCAGGUCGUGGAUGAAGGCUCGUGUUCCGGACCAUCUGAAGCUUUCUCUCAAAGCACUACAUGCAGUUGCGCAUGCAGCAACUGUCUUGGAAGCUCGCAGAGAAACAAGAACAGCUCCAGCUGGACCGGAAGUCAAGACUCUGAAUCGUGGAGCAACAGUAACUCUUUCUCCUCAUAUGACGUCAACAUGCACAGGCGAAAACUGCCAAGAAGCAAGUGUGAUUCACCAGGGUGUGUUCUGGCCCCGGAUGAACAGUAUCCCUCCCCUGCACACAGAAGCCACUCGUUCCAGCACCGAGGAUCUUACGUACUAAAGAGAAACCAUAGGCGCCUGGCUCACACAAGGGAACACUACACAAGCAGUUCCAGCGAGGCCAGCAGUGCUGCUUCUCGUCGUUACAGAGAACUGUUGAAAAAAGGUGUAGCUUUUAGGGUAUCGGUCAUCCCUGGCGAAUCACAGGGCGAUCAGCCGCCAGGAAGACCACCACUGUUAAGUCCUCUAGCGGAACAUUUGAACAUUGACACUGCAAACAAUGGGUUUGAGGACGACAGUGAAGAAGAUAAUGACGAGGAGGCCAACAUCCAGAGGUUGUCUCCCAUUCCGUCAUUAGAAGAUAUUAUCAAAGAAAUACCCGAUGAGACAGGGAAAUUUUCCGAUGAAUCAAGAGCGUUUUUGAAUCGUCCAGACUCCGAACUUUCCCUUAAAGCCCUCCAAGCAGUUUUGUCACGACACGGCUCUGCCUCUGAGCCUAAAACUAGAUUACCAAAAGAACUUAUGAUUGACAGAAUAUUCACACACCAGGGGCCGCCUCUCAACAUGCCAUCAAACUUUGGUUUGCGCGGCACUCAGGACGUGGACGACUCAGUGAUAAAGGAAGUAGCAAUGCUGCCCAGCCAAGAAGAAGUUGAAGACACGAAAGACGUGGUGGGCUUGUUGUCAGGCAUGGACGGGAGACACAUUCGAUAUUGCCACAGCAUAAGUUCAAGGGUUUCCAUCGUCAGGAUGAGUGACCUACUUCCUGCCAACAAUCAGACUUUUGACAAGCUGGUGACCAGGUUAAAGAAUACCGGAAGUGUCAGUACAACAGGAAGUCAGAUAUUGGAUUUGAUGCGCGUGUGCUGGUUGAACGAGGCUCCGCCUACAACGACAACUCUUGUGGGACAGCUCACGGAUCCUAUAACAGAGACAGAAUUGUGAAGCCAAGGGCAUGAUACACACUACAAGACUGCUAAUCAGCUGACAAAUGUUGAAAGUGCCCUUGCACGCCAUCAGCAGGCGUGGUGAUGACCUUGUAACUUGCCGUACUUUCUGUUUACUGAAGUCUCGCUUCCCGAAAGUUGGCUGGAUAACAUACAAAAGAAUGGACCAGCCACUCUCUCUUGAUAUCCUGUUAAGAACAGCUGCUGACCGGGAAAAAGUGGAGGGAUUUGGUUACUCGAACUUACAGACACAGCAACCCAACGAUAAAAGUCAAGGGAUAGAUGAGAGAGAGAAAGCAAGAAAUGCGUUCUAAGUUAAGAAUCUAGGUCAGUCAUGGUCAAUGCACACUUGGUGAGACACUUCAGCUAAGUAGACAAUGGUAGAGAUCAACACUUUGUUGUCAUUGGCAGAAAUAGCCACUUCCUGUUUGACUUCCGCUGCUCUCAGGGGAAGAAAUACCUUUCUAAAGACAGCACAGGACGAGUUGUCUCGGGGAAAAGGAUCCACAAGAAUUUCUCAACCCAACGCACGCGGACGUAACCUCUUUGCACCAAGCAUGGAGACCAGCUCUUGGAAGUAGAUCUAUAUAGGAUAGUACCAGUACUGAACGCUGUGAGGCAAUGAGACGUCUCGUUUAAAUUUCAGUAGAUGAAAACAGUAUACUCAAGUCUGGCUCUGUCUCACUUUCAAACGCCUUUUGUGGAGCGAUGU